UGCUUUUGUCACUACUCAUUAUAAAAAAGUCAAUCGCCUAUUUAUACGUAACGUUAUGUUAUUUAUUUAUUUCGACCACUUUUUAUCUGCGUCAAUUUGACGAACUGUUACAAAUUAUCAAUUAGAUUGUAUUAAACAAAGAGAUAUAUUUUUAAUAAUGGCAUCGCUAGCAUUUAAAGUUAAAAGUAAAAACGGUCAGAAUAUAUUGAAAGAUUUGACCUCUGAAAGUACUGUGGGUGAAUUAAAAAUGUUUCUCUCCAGUCUAUCGGAGGUUAGCUGUGAGAGAAUUUGCGUGUUGUGUGGUUAUCCGCCCAAACCUUUAGAUAUUAGUAACGACAAUAAGACAUUGAGUGAGAUCGGGCUAAAGACUGGUGAAACGUUGAUUAUCGAAGAGAAAUCUGCCCCAUCAGCGCCAAGUGUAGUGAAAUCUGACGUCACUAAACCUAUAGAGAAUGGAAUAUCACACGAAACUAUAGGAUGCAGACCAGGAAUUUUAAUGAAAAAAGUUGUUCCUUCUGAUAAUUCUUGUUUAUUUACUAGCAUAGGUUUUGUAUUAAAUGGCAAUGUUGAUACAUCAGUGCAUUCUCUUAUGCGUCAGAUUAUAGCCAUGGAGGUGGCUAGUGAUCAAGAUACAUAUAGUGAGGCAAUGUUAGGCAAGCCGAAUUCUGAAUAUUGUGAUUGGAUACAGCAGCCUAGCUCCUGGGGUGGAGCUAUUGAGGUUGCAAUCUUGAGUCGAUUCUAUGGUUUAGAAAUGGCUGUGGUUGACACUCUUAAUGCAAUUAUAAACAGAUUUGGUGAAGACAAAAAUUAUGGUCAACGAGUUUUUCUUCUCUUUGACGGUGUGCACUAUGACCCUCUUUAUUUAGAACAAUCAGAUGGUGGCAUUCAAACAGUUUUUCCAGCAGAAGACAUGGAUAUUUAUAAGGAGGCUGAGCAGCUAGCCCUCGAGGCAAAAUCGUCACGACAGUUCACCGAUUUGAACAAAUUCACCUUAAAAUGUAUGAUCUGCAACAAAUUAUUGACGGGUCAAGUAGAAGCACAGAAACAUGCAAAAGAGACUAUGCAUACAAACUUUGGAGAAGUGUAGCGAUUGUGGAGUACAAAGAGAUUGUUACUAAAUCCACUUGUUAUACUAAUGUUGCUUAGAUAAAAUUACAUAACAUUUUAUAAUGAUCUGCAGCUUGAAUAAGUCACAAUUGUAGUUUCCAUAAAAUUUUUACAGAGUUCAAAUGCUUGGAGAACUACAUUUCUAAAUAGCGUUAAUAUUGGGGUUUUAUAUUUAAAGUAAAUGAAUUUAUUUAAUGGUGACAAUACUAACACCAUCCGACCAUGAAGUUUACAAUAGUUAAAUAAAAAAAAAAUACUUGCCAAAACUAUAUUUUAAAUAAUAAACAUAUUGUUCUUAAUUCUUGAACCUUAUCUCAUAGCUAUUAAAUUUAAUAUAAAAUUACUCCUACGAAUUAAUUAAAGCGCUUUCUCUUGUUCAUUGUCUUAAGGUCACCUUCAUUUGGUUUUAAAAUCCUCACCAACUUAAUUAUGAUGUAUUUUUAUAUAUUUCUAUGGACAUUAAAUAGUUCUAAAUACCCUUUUGUUAGUUAUUUGUAUAAUAAAUUAAUUUAACUUG